AGACAGAAAAAAAUACAUUGUAGAAUUCCAAAGAAUAUUUUUUUAAUUCUUUAUAGUCUUGGGACUGGGCUAUUCCUGAAGCUCUGUUUACAAACUAUGUAGCUGUUAAAUGAGAAUGAAGGAAAACUGUAUCAGAUAAUUAAUGUAGUAAGAAAUAAAAUACAACAACAAAUACACAGAAAUUUUCAAAACAAGAUAUUAAUUUUGACAGACUGGCUAACAGACAGACCGACACAAAAAAGACAAAAAGUGAGUAGAAAAAGAGGAUAAAAAAAUUGGAAAAGAAACAAAACAGUCAUAAAGUAAUAAAGGAAGUGAAGAAGAAAGAAAAGAAGAAAAGAGGGGGAAAAGAACCGCGAAAGAAAAAUAAUAAAAGAACACAAAGUACAACAGCCAACAUUCCUGAGCAAGCGAACUGAGGAUGGAGAAGAAAACAUUUAGGAUGCUCUACCUAAUGGCGACAUUUUCUGCAAAGCUCUUUGUACAUCUUGUCUCAGCAUGGGACUAUCACAACGAAAGCAAGUAUUGGGUGAAACAAUAUCCGGACUGUGGUGGUAAAUUACAAUCUCCAGUCGCCAUUGAGCAUAAAUUGACUAGCUACAAGGAAAGCAAAGAUUUGCUUUUUGAGGGAUACGUUGACAUCAUGCACAAUGUAACGUUAAAGAACAUAGGACAUACAGUGGCCAUAGAAGUGAAGAGUGAGGGUAUUGUCUCUGGUGGAGAAUUAGAUGGAAGGUAUAUAGCGCACCAGGUUCACUUCCACUGGGGAAUGAACGAUAUCGUGGGAUCAGAACAUAUGCUUAAUGGAAAACGGUACCCCAUGGAGGUUCACAUUUUACAUUAUGCGGAAAACUAUCAUAAUUUCCAGAAAGCUUCAAGACAGAAGCACGGCUUGUUAAUCGUCGCUUACUUCGUCGCGACUAGUAAUACAUAUGAAGACAAUGAAGGUUUCGCCGACAUAGUGGAAAAUGUCAAAAUGAUAAAUUUUAAAGGUAAUACACACACCGUGAGUUCUUGGAAGCUAGAAGAAUUUGCUCCUAUUAAUCAAACUUGUUAUUACUUUUAUGAUGGCAGUUUGACAUACCCACCAUGCUGGGAGACAGUUAUGUGGAUAGUAUACAAGGAUCCACUUGAAAUAUCUAAACGUCAGAUGAAUGAAUUCCGUACUAAUUUGGCCGAGCGUGAUGUUACAUCAGUGAGAAUAAUGAUGGGAAACAACUUUCGACCCCUUCAGCAUCUAAAUGAUAGAAUUAUCUACCGCAGCUGUGAUCCACUUAAGAGUGACAUGACUUCAUUGUCCUGGUCUGCAGUACUACUGAUGCUUUGUCAAGUGGGUAUCUUUAUGAAUAAUAGUUGCUUUUGGUAUCUUGUGCCACACAAAUAUCGCCCAACAGAGUGCUAACCUAAGUGCUGUUCUUUAAUGACUCAAUUGCUGUGUUGCUUCUUUAGCGACUUUGUCAUCUUUGUCAGCAACCAAAAUAAAACUCAGCAUUGAGCAACUAAACAAGGAAAUAACAAAAGAUAAAUAUACCACAAAAAGGCAGUGAAAUAGUAAACAUAUCCAACACAAGCUGCAAAUUUAACAUUCACAUUAUAUGGAGUAUUCUACAUCAUCAUCAACAGCAAUAACAGCCACACUAACAAUCUCAAAGACUACAUCUCCCAAAAAAUGAGAAGAUAAGCACCUUCUACCUAGACCUUUAUUUUAAACCCUUCCUCCUGUCAGACACUUAAAAGAAGCAAUAGGGAUAUGCAAAUAGUCAAAAAGGCUUCGGGGUCAGACAAAACUACAAACAUACAUCAUAAACACUGUGUGCUGCACACACUAACAUAUACAGCUAACUGUAUCAGCAUCGGUAAAUUCCAAGGUUCUGGAGCUGAGGGAAAUCACUUUCGAAGCUCAACAAAAUUCAAAGUGAAGUAACAUUAUAUAGGAUCAUCACUUUGCUAUUACACACCCUCAAAAAUUCCAGGAAGACUUAUUCUUGGCAUCACUAACCUAUACAUCUCCAUUCCCCAACACAGAGUCUGGCCACUUUACACAACCACCACACUUCUCAAAAGCCUCAUACAGAAUCUAUAUAAUGUCAUAAAAGAAAAACUACCAUUUGUACCAUUCUAUCCACCAUUGAUAUCAGCAAAGUUUCAAAUCUAUUUCUUACUGCCCACUCAUACAAAAGUGUGUGAUGAUGCUGAUCUGGAUCUAUGGAAACCAUAUUUGUGGUUUAAGAGUUAACAAAGACUCAAUUUAGUAAAGAAAAUGGUUGUUUAGGACUGAUUCCAUCAUUUUAAUUUGUUGUGUUGCUGUACAUGUUGUGGCACUCUAACUGAGUAACCGUAACACUAGUAGGUAUGAGAUGUAAUCUGCAAAUUCUCAGUUCCAAGGUUAUAUGAUUAACAUUUGACACGCUGAAAGUGAAGGUCUUCAUGCAUCAGUUGUUAUUAGAGUAAAAGAGAUGUGUGAGGUGGAACAUGCUGUCUCAUGUUUCCAUAAGUUGGUUGAAGAACAUCUCCAUAGAUAUGGAAAUAUUGGAGUGUUUCGUGUACCAGUAGUGCAUUAGUGUUAACGGUGGGUGAUUGUCUGGUUGGAGUUUUCACACAUGAUAACAUAAAAUGUUGAGAUGGUGGUGAGGAGAGUUCUGUAAGGAUUUUGUUGUGUAUACAUGUGUGUAUAUGCAUUUGUCUAUGAGCAUGUGUGUGUGUGGUGUGUGUGUGUGUGCAUGCACGUGCAUUCAUAUUUGAAUGUGGGUCUUCACAACAGGCAUUCAAAAUAUCUAGCAGUAAUUCAAUAAAACAAAGGUUGGUAUAAGAAAGGGCAUCCAGCCAUAGAAGACUGCCUCAAGAAGUCUCAUCUAACCUAUGAUAGUAUUCAAAGAGCAAGUGUAAAGACAAAAGGAAACAAAUGCCUUAUAUCUACAAUUUCUGACUGCAGUCAAUAGCCUGGAAAUGGAGAUGGGAUCCAUGAGAAUGGAUUGACUUUAAAUUACUGCAAAAAGAUGAAGCCUUUAGUCACAAACAAAUGACUUGAUGAAGGUCAAUGAAAGAUUUUCAGCUUCACUUUCCAAAGAGAAAUAGCUGAAUGGACAGGGUAUUACUGAAUUAUAUGUUUAAAUAUUCUGUAAGAUUUUUGAUUAUUUUUUCUGUUGCCACUGGCUCAGAAAUUUAUUUCUUAUA